AUGGGUCGGAAGGUUUCUUUGGCCCGCAGGGGCAGCAGCAGCAGCAAAAAGGGCAGCAGCAAAAAGGGCUUCAGCGCCAAAAGCAACUCCGACGAAGAAGGCUGGAUCCGAGAAAAAGGCAAGUACCUGGACCUGUGCUACCGCGUGGAGCGCGAGAGCUGCGUGUCGAUGAAGGUGCGCGGCAAACUCCCGUGCGCACUCUUCGCCGUGCUGGCGAUUCUUAACGAAUCGGACUUAGCCGGAAACUGGGCUCCGAUGUUCAAGAGUGCAGAGUUGGUGACAUCUUACAGCAGAGCUUCGCAGCUGCUGCUGCAGACUUUCGACUACCCCCUGUUGGGUCUGAAGGAAACAGUUUUGUUUUCCUUCGGAGUCAACGCGCUGGAGGAGUGCGGCGCGGUGAUCAUCUUCUGCUGCUCCCCGCCCGAGCCCGCCGCUGCUGCUGCUGCUGCUGCUGCAGCAGCAAGCUUCCUCGGCCGCCCGCUGCCGCCCAAGGGCAAACUCCCCAGGGCCCAGUCCGCGGACUUGGUGUUUCUUUUGUACCCUCUUUCCGGAGGGUCUCAAACAACUCUGGAGCUCUACGGAGCCUUCCACCACGGACUCCGGUUUGUGCCGCAAAGACUUGUGACUUUCGUUUUGAAAAAAGUUGUUCGCGGGAUGUUCGUGCAGAUUGCGCGCCAGUGCCAAAACUUCAACAACUCUCCCUACAGAGAACGUGUUAACAACAACCCCACCUUUUACUCCUGGAUGAAGGACUGCAUUGACGACUACUUGCAGGCGGACCACCAGCUCAAGCAACUCGAGUCCAUUUCCCUCUGCUCCUUCAACUACGAAGACUUCCAGGACACCUAG